AUGAAACAAAUGAGAGUUAAAUUUAAUUUUAUUCAACUCAAUACUCAAGAAUCUUUUCUUCGUUAUAUUUUUAUUUGCAAAAUUCUUUCAAAUUUAAAAUUGAUUUCAAACACAAUUAAUCUAACAAUUAGUGAACAACCACCUUCUUUAAAAAAUUCUUCAAUUUCGUCUUCUUCAUCAACUAUUUCAUCGUCAACUUUAUCAAUAAAAAACAAAUUAAAUAUUUAUAAGGAGAAACAUUCAUUAAAUUAUGCAAUAAGUAAAGGUUCACUUUUAAAUAAUUUGGAACCAUUUCAAAUUGAAACAAUAAUUGAUCCAAGAUGUAAUUUAAUUACAAAAAAAUUAUUAUCAAUUCAAACAACAAAUAAAUUAAAAAAUAACAAAAACAAUUUAAAUAAUAAAAAAGAAGAAGAAAAUAAAACAAAAAUAAAAUUAAAGUUGGAUGAGGCAAAAGAAUUAUUUUUAAAAAGUGGUUCUUCAAUUGCAGCAGUUCAAUCAAAUAAUUUAAAAAAUGUUGAUUCUGUUGAAAAACAACAAAAUAGUCAUUUAAAUAAUUCAAAGGAAAUACUUUUAGAAGAAGAAGAAAAUGAAGUCGAAGAAUCAAUUAAAUCACUACCACAGUCCUCGUCAGGCAAAUCUACUAUUAAACAUAGUCCUCCAUUAUUUAUAGCAUUAAUAGUUACAACAAGUUGGAUUUUCUUAGCGGCUGCCAUUUUUUGUUUAUGGGAGGAAUGGAGUUAUUUUACUUCAAUUUAUUUCUUCUUCAUUUCAAUGAGUACAAUUGGUUUUGGUGAUAUUACUCCACAACAUCCACAAUAUAUGAUUAUGAGUUUUUUUGUUGUAAUUGUUGGUUUAUCUCUUGUUAGUGUUUGUAUUAAUGUUGUUCAAGAAAAAGUGGCACAACUUUAUAUGGAAAUUCUCAACAAAAUGCUUCAGCAAUAUAUGAAAGCCUGUGCUAGCGGUGAUGUUGAAGCAUUAAAAGGGGCAAUGGCUGGGUUUAAUUCUCGUUGUAAAUAUUUGAUGCCGUUUAUUAGUAAAAAUCAAGGUAUUCGUUUAAUGAGUCAAUUUAAAGAAGAAGCUAGAGCUAUGGGUGUUGAUUUACCUGAAGUAAUGACUGAAUUGAAUGAGGAAACUGGGAAACCAACUUUUUGUAAAAUUUUUGAUGAAAAAUGUAAUAGUGAUCGUGUUAAUCAGUUUUUGGAAAAGGCUAAUCAACAUAGUAAAAUAAAAAAGAAUAUCCAUACACAAACAAAACAAUUACCGUUACAAAAAACUCACAAAUUUUUCAUUUCGCGUGCUGAGGAAAAAGAAGAAAAUGAACAAAAUAAACAAUUAUUUGAUAAUAAUUUUGGUAUUCAGUGUUCUCCUUUAAUGCAAGAUACUGAAACGGAAUAUAAAUUAUCAAAUGAAAUUGUGAAUGAAUUUUUGGUUGAUUGUUCUACUAAUACUUUUACUGUACCUUUGCGCAAUCAAGGAACACAACCCGAAGUGUCUUGUAUUAUGAGAAUUUUAGAAGAAGAUGAUGGAAGUAGUGAUGAGAUAUUUAAUUAUCCAAUUGAAGAGAGUGCUGAAUUUUCUUCUUCUGGUCUUUCAGCAUUAAAUCAAAAUUAUUUAAGUGGAAGUAGUAAAGAUGAAGAAUUAAAUGAAAGAAAAUUAAGUAUAAGUUCUAAACGUUCACAACAAAUGAAAAGAAUGGAAGAAAUUGAAGUUGAAGAUUACAAUAAUUUAGAAAGAAAAGACAAAUCUCUCCCUAAAGUAACUAUUCAUAUGGCUUCAACUGGAAAAGGAACAAUUGAUAAUGAAGACGAUGAGGAUACAAAUUUAAUUAAAAAAUUGAAGCAAAAAGAAAGGAAAAAGAAAAUGAAUAAAGAAGGAUUAAGAUUUAUGAGAAAUAUAGCUAUACAGGUUUAUAUAUUUUAA